UGUUGCUGUUGAGGAUUUGACAUCGUUAUUUCAGUUUCUUGAUUUGAUUGUGCAUUUAGUUUAGAUUUUUUUUCGAAGUCAAUCCGCCGAUAAGCCCUAGCAUCAUGAGAUUGAGAGGCAUUUCACAGACAGGGGUAUGGACGUGCUUCUGGAUUCUUAUAAAAAUAGUCACCACUUCUGCUGUUUUGAAGUCGCCAUGCCUGACAGAACUAAAUAGUUUCUGCGGCGUUCUUCGACUACCAUUUGGUCGUGAGAUUCAGUUAGUCCCCAGGCCACUACGAAACAUCUCUCAUACACCCUACAAACUCCUGAAGUCUCUAGGGAAUUCGAGUUUUAUCUGCACACUCCCAGUUCUUAAAGAUGAUGGGGAAUGGAAGAUGACUCAAUUAACUACCUCUAAUCAGGCAACCAUUACUCACGAAACUACUACUGAAAUAUCAAUCCUAAUAACAGGAGAGACUAAUGGGACUACAACUCCUAUUUCGACCCAUACCAUCAUUUCUGGAAAGUGGACUUCUGAAGCAACUGCACCUACGACAGAAUCAACAGCAGUUUCUGGAACGGAUGUAACGAAGAUGAACUCUGAAGCAACUGCAUUUACGACAGAAUCAACUGCAGUUCCUGGAACGGACAUAACGCAGAUGAGCUCUGAAGCAACUGUCCCUGCCACAGAAUCAACUGCAGUUCUUGGAACAGAUGUAACGAGGAUGAGCUCUAAAGCAACUGCAUUUACGACAGAAUCAACUGCAGUUCCUGGAACGGACAUAACGCAGAUGAGCUCUGAAGCAACUGUCCCUGCCACAGAAUCAACUGCAGUUCUUGGAACAGAUGUAACGAAGACGAGUUUUGAAGCAACUGCACCUACGACAGAAUCAACUUUAGUUCCUGGAACGGAUGUUACGCAGAUGAGUUCUGAUGGAAAGUCUUCGACAAUUGUUACUACGACUGAUGAGUACAAAACUUCUCCUUUGACUUCAUUUUUAUCUGCAAAUACAAGAACCAAUCCGACCAGUACAAGUGUCCCCUCCACGGAAAAUUCGUCUUCCUUGUCAGUGCUGUGCCCUUCCGACUUCGUCCUCUAUGGCCUCAAGUGUUACCACUUUCCACCUGUUGAUAAGGUAACCUCCUACAUGAAUUACACCCAAGCCAAAGACUACUGUUUCAGCGAGGUAUCCACUGGAUUGGCCUACAUGUAUGCAACACCGUUAACCAUCGACAGUCUUGACGAGAAUACGUUCUUGGUUGAUAUUCUCCAAGACGUUGUGGAUAUCACUGGCAAUGAUUGGGUUUGGGUGAACUGUGAUCCAAAUGAGCGUUUCGACUGCAUUCCGGAUUCAUCGUGGGUUGAUCAACCUUUGGAUAAUAUCUGCACUAUUCUGUCUCUCAUCGAUGGUCUCUGGUACGGCGUCGACUGCUCGUACUUAGCUUUUGUUGUUUGCCAAUUUACUCCCGAUUUUGAUUGGUCGAGCAGUUCCCAACCUGAAUUUAAUUUGGGGAUAAUAGGCAUAGGUAAAUGAAAUGUCAAAUAAUGGAAUACAUGUAGUAAAAAAUACGUCAUUGAAUCGGAGUAUAGGGGAGUUUUUCAUCAUUAUUUUAUAUCCAUUCACAUAUUAAUCAUCAUAUAAUUGUUUCCAUAUUAUUAUUUGAUUUUAGGCCUAUUUCAUGUUUUAUUAUUAU